AAAAAAAAAAAAAAAAGAAAGAAAGAAACGCAUCUAUUCAUAUACUUUUUUCCAUUCCAAUUUUUUUCUAUUAACACUAUCCACAUACAGAACGGAGAGACAGAUUGAUAACAAGUUGAAAAAAAAAGAAUAAAAAAGAUGGUGAGUUUAACUAUGCAAGCUCCCAACAGUUUGAGGACCUUCUCUGUUUCUGCUUCCUCAAAUGGGUCUCCUUCUCCAACGAGCCGUGGGAAUAUAGGUGGUCCAGUGAUAUUGGAGCUUCCGCUGGAUAAGAUUCGGAGACCCCUUUUGCGAACCAGAACCAACGAUCAAAAUAAGGUAGAGGAAUUGAUGGACAGCAUCAGCCAAAUUGGCCUUCAAGUACCUAUUGAUGUGCUUGAGGUUGAUGGUGUUUAUUACGGCUUCUCGGGUUGUCAUCGCUAUGAAGCUCAUCAGCGUCUUGGUCUCCCUACAAUUCGCUGCAAAGUUCGUCGUGGAACAAAAGAAACUCUUAGGCAUCACCUCCGAUAAUAACUCUUUGCAGACUGCCUCUUCCUAAUCGAUCAGCAAGCAACCUGUUAAUUAGAGAUGCCUGGUAUUGUAUAUUUAUUAAAUUAGUUAGUAUAAAAUAUUGUACAUUCAAAAUAAUGCAAGUAUUUUACAAUUAUUGUUAUAGAUCUAAUAAUAUACACAUAUAUUUAGUGUUUUUGUCGUAAUGAUAUAUGGAAAACUUAUAAAAUAUAACUUUGAUGUGGUUAUUGUU